UCUCUCUCUCUCUCUCUCUCUCUCUCUCUCGGAGAAGGAAAUGGGUGCAUUAGACUACCUCUCCAACUUCUGCAGCGUUACUGAAACGAGGAGAUCACUGAGGAAGAAAAGAAAGCCUCUGCAGACUGUGGAACUGAAGGUGAAAAUGGAUUGUGAUGGCUGUGAAAGGAGAGUGAAGCAUGCUGUUACCUCGUUAAAAGGUGUGACAAUGGUUGAUGUGAACCGAAAGCAGAGCAGGGUGACCGUCACUGGCCACGUGGAGCCAAAGAAGGUCCUGAACAAGGUGAAGAGCACCGGGAAGAGGGUGGAGUUCUGGCCUUAUGUCCCUUACAAUCUGGUCUACUACCCUUACGCAGCUCAGGCCUACGACAAGAGGGCCCCGUCCGGGUACGUCCGCAAUGUGGUCCAAGCCGAGCCGAGCCCCGGUGCACCUGAAGAGCAGUUUAUAUCACUAUUCAGCGACGACAACCCAAACGCCUGUUCUAUUAUGUGAGGGAUACUAGUAGGCCUGGUCUUUUAUAGACUUGUUUUUAAGGUCAUCUGGAGGUGAUGGAGAGGUUUAGUGAUGAAUGGUAUGUUCUAUGGUGGAUGGGAGAACUUAUGAGUUCUAUGUCCAAGGAAUUUUCAGCGUCUACCUUGCUCUUUGCUUAGAUGUGAAAAGCUUUUUUUCAGUGCCGUAGUGUGGCUUAUUUGUUUCUUGCAUGGAUAGGCAUGUGAAUGUUUCUUUAGUUCUGCUUCAAUGAUUAGAAGUGUUACUAAUU